UCCUAGUCACAUUCUCCAACCCAUUUAAUUAUUUCAAAUAUAUAUAUAAAUUUCCCUCCAAUUUAUUCGAUCCAUAUAUGCUGCAGAUGUUCAAAUUUUCUAAACAAGGAAGCUCAUUAUUGCCCGUUGCUCGCAAAUUUCAUGACUUGAGAGAUAAAGCUAGAAGUGCAUUCAAAGUUAGAUCUACUACAAAUAUGGUAACGAACAUGAUAAAAUCGUCAAAGGUCUCAGAAAAUGAAGUUGAUCAGGUUGAUAUGUUGAAUGCCACGUAUGAUGCUUAUGAAGGAGUUAUUGUGAAUAUUAAAGAUAAUAUGAAUGAAAAUGCCUUUAUCAAUCUACUUCAAACAUCACUAUCCCAAUGGAGGCUGCAGGGGAAGAAAGGAGUUUGGCUAAAACUUCCUAUUGAACAUGUAAAUCUUGUUGAACCUGCAGUGAAGGAAGGAUUUCGGUACCAUCAUGCAGAAUCAAUAUACUUGAUGCUCGUGUAUUGGAUUCCUAAAACUAAUAAUACACUCCCACCAAAUGCUUCCCACCGAGUUGGCGUUGCUUCUUUUGUCGUGAAUGAUAAAGGGGAGGUUCUUGUAGUCCAAGAGAAAAGUGGAGCGUUCAAAGGCACAGGAGUCUGGAAAUUACCGACUGGUACUGUUGAGGAGGGUGAAGAUAUAUGUGCAGCUGCAGUUAGGGAAGUCAAAGAAGAGACUGGGAUUGAUACAGAAUUCGUAGAAGUCCUUGCAUUCAGGCAAAGCCACAAAUCAUUCUUUACAAAGUCGGAUCUAAUGUUUGUUUGCAUGUUAAAACCAAAAUCUUUGGAUAUAGAGAAGCAAGAUUCAGAGAUUGACGCAGCACAGUGGAUGUCAGUGGAGGAAUACGCCAGCCAGCCCUUUAUAGUAAAGCACAAAUCCUUUGACUACAUUGCUAAAAUAUGUAUGGAAAAAAUAGAUAACAAAUAUGUUGGCUUCUCUGCAUUGCCUACAGCAACUGCUACCUCUACUAAGAAGAGCUAUUUGUACUCUCAUUAUCACGACCAGUGAUCUGAUUCCAAUAUUCAACAAACGCCAACAACGAAAAACUUCCAAAAUUCUUUAUUCUUUAUUGAUAAAUCUCAAAGAUGGAAAACCACUAGAAGUUCACCUUUGUUUUACUAUGUAUUUAGUAUAUGAAUGAAAUAUGUACCUUAUCAUAUCGUUU